GGAAGGUACAGUUCGCAAACAGUCCUAGUCCGGUAACGAUCUAGGAGGUUUCAAAAUCCAAAGUUUCUUCUAACUAGAACACUCUGAAUCCUUCCUUCCGCCUUUUGUGCAGUGUAACAAUCAGUGUUUGUUCUAACUCAACAAAAAUGAAGGCUUUUGUUUUGGGAUCCGUUCUCUUGUUGGCUUCUGCCAGUGCCGGAUACGUUCCAGCUGAUACUCCUGAAGUGGCUCACGCUAAGGCCGCCCACUUUGCUGCUCACGCUGCUGCCCACACUGGACAUCAUUACGCUCCGGCUGCUCCAGCUGGUCAUUGGGAUAAUCAUCACCAUGAGCAGAAGUGGCACGGACCUUUGCACUUCCCAAAGAUCCACAACGGAGUCCCAGUAGAGACCCCAGAAGUUCAGCAUGCUAAGGCCGCCCACUUUGCCGCCAUCGCCAAGGAAGGUGCUCACGCUCCAGCUUAUCACGGACACGAUGACCACGCCCACUGGGCUCCAGCUCACCAUGAACAGAAGUGGCACGGACCUCAGCACAUCCCAGUCAUCCACAAUGGAGUCCCAGUUGAGACCCCAGAAGUUCAGCACGCCAAGGCCGCCCAUCUGUCUGCCCUGCAUGGAGCUCAUGCUGGAUCUUAUGCCGGUGGUGCUCACUGGGGAGGUCCAUCUGGACACGAAGAUGAUGGCUCUUACCGCCCAGAACACCACAACUACCAUUAAAUGGUAUUGAUCCACGCCAUCGAUCCCCAUUGGUUGGAGAUGCCGCUUUUCCAGAGUAUCUCUAGCCGAUCACCCACUCAAGAUGCCAAACCAUCCCUUAGGAAAAACUCUCAUCUUAGCUGAAGUCAAUUUAGGAAAAAUAACUCUCAUCAACACACGCGCUGCUACCUUACUUUCUCUCUUUCGAGAGCACUUUCGUACCCUCCUUUUGGGCACUCUCAAUAAGUCAAUUAACAAUGGAAACUAUGGAUAACUGUCGAAUGGAGAAGAAUUUUCCCACUAUUCAUCAUCUCAACGCCAACUGAGAUACGGUGGGAUUAGCUUCAAUCAAGUAAGGAUAAACAAAAAAACGAUCUAAGGAAGCUACUGCUUCCUUCGAGCCGUUUCAGUCAGGAAGCAGGCCAUGAUGGCUUGCGCUAACCGAAAGUGCUCAACCAUUCUGUUGACAUGUAAAAGUGUUCUUUUCAUUUUCACCAUCCAGCUACAAACCGCUGCUGGAGCUAAAUUCGGCUUCCUCCCACCCAAUGUAAAAGAAAAGCGAAACAAAACAAAAAAAAUGUUCAUCUAUAGUGCUGCUGCUUGUGUUCGAUCGAAUUUAUUUUUACAAUUACAUUGUGAAUAAAUACUGGUUGUUAUGACAAUCGUA